AUGUCUUUUCCCAUUGCACCCCGCCCAAGUCUAAGUGGCGGCGACCAAGGACCGCCUUCACCAGCACUCGCAAAGUCUCGCAAGAUUUCCACAGCCUGUGGCGCGUGCAAACAGCGAAAAACUAGGUGUACUGGAGGCGAACCCUGUGAUGCUUGCGCCACCCGUAACAGCGAAUGCAUCUACGACGCCGCAGCCGAUCAAAGGAGGAAGAUCGCCAACCAGCGCAAUGUCCAGGAGCUGGCUCUGGCUGAAAUGGACUUGUCUCGCAAACAAGCACUGCUCGGAGGCAUCAUCUCAAUAAUACGCGCCGGCGGUUCAAGGUCAACCAACGACCUUGUCGACUUCAUCCGUAGUGGCAUCGACCUAUCUUCCCUGGCUGCAUAUGUCCGGAAUGAAGUCUACACCAAUAUGGCAGUGGAGCAGGCGUAUCGCGACAUUGACUUCACGAUAACCAUCGAGGGAGGCUCCGAUCUACCGUCCCCCUCGCAACUUCUCAGCCGUUUGGACUCUGCUCAAUCAACGCAGUCACAAAACCAAUCGCAUUCACUCCCGGGGUCCGAGAGCACAUCUGGCUCAACUAGUGUUCAUGCUCCAGACCCGUCCAUAAGCAGGUAG